GGACUAAAAACUCCCGCCAUUUCGACAAGGAAUUAACCUCUUGAUUGAUCCCGGUUACUCUUUCGUGAGAGUUGUUUGCUCAGUUAUCUGAUAAGAAGAAGCUCUGACAGUAUGAAAACGCAACAAAGACAAUUACUUACGCGACAACAGGCCUAGUUUGUGAAGACUUUGGGAGUUGCACAGCGCGCCAGACCUCUCCUGCUUCGGCUGCGAGUUUGAUUACUGUGCGGUUUGCAUCCUUUCACGCUCACCCGGAGGAGCUAAAAAGUUUAUCAACUAUUAUCUAGAAACCUGUUUUGUAUCCCAAGACACUGCGUUAAAACUCCAACAUGACGCCGCUGUUAAAGGAGAGGAGACGGCUCCGGUGAGGCGGGAGAAGCGCUCUGUUAUUGUUUUGCCUCAGCUAGCUGCUCCGCUAGCUGCUCCACGUUGAGCGCCGGGCCUGCCGGCGGUAACGUGAUACGUGCUACCGUGAGGUUGAUUAAUUCGUUGCACUUUGGAUACAUGCUAAGGACAUACUGUUAUAGAUCCCAGUACUAGUUUGUCGCUAGAAGAUUUGAUUAUAUCUUUUGGCACCAGUGCCAUUUGUGGAGUUUGCAAUGGCACCGCUUCUGGGCCGGAAACCUUACCCACUAGCUAAGCCGCUAGCCGAGCCGCCAGGCCCGGGAGAGGAGGUGUACAUCAUCGAGCACACCAAGGAGGCCUUCAGGAACAAAGAAGAGUAUGAGGCACGCUUGCAGAGGUAUAGUGAACGCAUCUGGACAUGCAAGAGCACUGGGAGCAACCAGCUGACGCACAAAGAAGCGUGGGAGGAGGAACAAGAAGUCACCGAACUGCUUCAGGAGGAGUACCCCCAGUGGUUUGAGAAGCCAGUCCUGGAGAUGGUCCACCACAACACAGUGUCUUUAGACAAACUGGUUGAAAUGGCAUGGGUAGAAAUCCUCACCAAGUACGCUGUUGGUGAAGAAUGUGACUUCCUGGUGGGGAAGGACAAAAGUUUACAAGCAAAGGUGGUGAAGAUUCAUCCACUAGAAAACCCAGAGGGCGAGACAGGGGAGAAGAAACUUGAAGGUGCCUGUGACUCUCCAUCCAGUGACAAGGAGAACGCAAGUCAGGAGAACCAGAGGAAGGAACCUCCUCCCCGUGAGGAGGAGAACAGGAGGGAGAGUCUCAGUGACAGAGCACGACGUUCACCAAGGAAACUUCCCACUGCUAUGAAGGAGGAGAGAAAGAGAUGGGUCAUGCCCAAAUUCCUUCCUCAUAAAUAUGACGUGAAGCUCAUCAAUGAGGACAAGGUGAUCAGUGAUGUCCCAGUGGACAGUCUUAACAGAACGGAGCGUCCUCCAACCAAGGAGAUCAUGCGCUACUUCAUCAGGCACUACGCUCUGAGGUUGGGCAUGGGAGAGAGCGCCCCCUGGGUAGUCGAAGAUGAACUGGUGAAAAAGUUUAAUCUGCCCAGUAAAUUCAGUGACUUUCUUCUUGAUCCACACAAGUUUUUAGCAGAGAAUCCCUCAGCAAAGCGCAAGAGCUUGACAUCUCCUGAGGGUAAACCUAGAAAGAAGUUAAAGACCCCCGACACACCUGGAGAGGACUCAGGAAACGAGAAGGGAGAGAAGAAAAAGAAGAAGAAAGACGCUAUGGGGAUGCCUCUUAGUCCCACCAUCUGGGGCCACAUGCAGGUAAAGAACUCUGGAACUCCUAAAAAAGGAGAAGGGAAAAGCUCCGCUCCAUCCACUCCAAAAUCAGGCAAAAAGUCUGGGGACAAGAAAGAAGGAAAGAAAACUGGAAAGAGCGGUGAUAAGAAACUCAACGUCCUCAAAGCUUCUAAAAAAGAUGGAAAAGCUGGUGCUAAAACACCGAAGAUGAAGCAGAUGACUCUGCUGCAUCUGGCCAAGAGCACCCCUGCUGGUAGCCCUAAAAAGCGAGCUCGUAGUACUGGCAUGGGCACACCUAAGCUGGGGAAGCCUUUGCAUCCUAUGGCUCUCCACCUCCUUCGUUACUAUAAGGAGAACAAGGACAAAGAGGACAAAAAGAACUCCAUUUCCUCCCUCAUCUCAAAGGCUGCAAAGACCCUGUCAUCAGAAGACCGAGGCAGACUACCUGAGGAGCUCAAGGAGCGGGUGCAGAAAAGCUGGGAGCUGCUGGAGCAAAAGAGGCGAUGGGCUGCCAUGAGUGAAGAGGAAAAGCAGGAAGAGAUGAAGAAGAAGCGGGAAGAACUCAGAGCGAAACUGCGAGAAAAGGCUAAGGAGAGGCGGGAGAAGGAGAUGCUGGUCCGUCGCGAACAAUCACGCAGAUACGAGGACCAGGAGCUCGAAGGUGACAAGACCAUGCCGACAUUCAAGCUCGUAGACAUGCCCGAGGGGUUGCCCAACACCCUUUUUGGUGAUGUGGCUAUGGUUGUAGACUUCCUUAACGCCUAUGCUGGGCUGCUGAUGCCAGAUGACCAGUAUCCCAUCACGGCUGUGGCUCUGAUGGAAGCACUGUCUGGGGAAAGCUCAGGCUUCCUUUACCUGAACCGCGUGCUGGUGGUGCUGCUCCAGACGCUGCUGCAGGACGAGCUGGCAGAAGGCUACAGUGAGCUCGACAUGCCCUUAUCUGAGAUCCCCCUUACCAUGCAUUCAGUGUCGGAGCUGGCUCGGUUGUGUCUGCGGCCAUGUGACGCUCACGGUGAGGAGAGCGGCCAGGGAUCAGAGGCCUCCGGUGCACUGGGCGGUUUCGAUGACGUGGUGACCAGUGAAUUCCUGGAGAAGCUUGAGACAAUCGAAGUGUUUGAACUUAGCCCCGAGGAGAAGGUCAGCCUCCUGGUGGCUCUGUGCCACCGCAUCCUCAUGACCUACUCUGUGGAAGACCACGUUGAUUCAAUGCAGCAACGGUCAGCCGAGCUGUGGAAGGAACGCCUGGCAAUGCUCAAAGAGGUCAAUGACCGCAAGAAGGCUGAGAAGAAGAAGCAAAAGGAGAUGGAGAGCAAAGGUGAGAAGAAAAAAGAGGGGGGAGCUAAGAAGGAGGUCAAAAAGGAAGUAAAGGUGGAGCCAGAACCGGAGCCAGAGGACAUGAUCAGUUCAGUGAAGAGCCGGCGGCUGAUGUCCAUGCAAGCCAAGAAGGAGAAGGAGGAGCUGGACAGGCAGAACAAAGAGCGCAUGGAGAAGGAAGCUGAGGAGGAGCGCAUGCGUAGGCAGAGGGCUUCUGUAGAGAGGGCCUUUCAGGAUGGUAUAACCAAAGCCAGACUCGUCAUGCGCAGGACGCCCCUGGGUACAGACAGAAACCAUAACAGAUACUGGCUUUUCUCUGAUGUGGUUCCUGGUUUGUACAUUGAGAAAGGCUGGGUGCAUGAAAGCAUCGACUACAGCUUCACCCCUCCGCCUGAGGAAAAACCAGCUGAGGCUGAGCCUGAAGCGGAGGAGGAGGAGGAAGCGGACGCUGAGCCGGCUGCCACUCAGGAGUCACAAGGAGCUGAGAAGGAUGAUGGCAGCGUAGAUGGUGCUGUGAGUGAGAGUGCCCAGCAGGGAGCAGCACCAGACGUCUGUAUAGAAACUACAGUUCCCAAACAGGGACAGAACCUCUGGUUCAUAUGUGACAGCCCAGCUGAGCUGGAUGAACUGCUGGAAAGUCUUCAUUCUCAGGGGGUUCGAGAAAGUGAACUGAAGAGAAAGAUACAAAGCAGGUACCAGGACAUCCUGCACUCCAUCCAUCUGACCCGUAAAGCUAAAUUGGGCCUCAGGACCUGUGAUGGUAACGCAGAGCUGCUCAAAUACUUGCGCAGUGAUAUUCAGGAAGUAGCCUCACGACUCCAGAAGGGAGGCCUCGGAUACCUGGAUGACAACGUAGAUAUCGAAGAACAGUUGAAAGAAAUGGAUAGCUUGAAAAACUUUGGCGAGUGCAUCAUCACCAUUCAGGCCUGUGUAAUCAAAAAGUUCCUGCAGGGAUUCAUGGCUCCCAAACAGAAAAAGAAGAAAAGGCAAGGAGCAGAAGAAAGCAGCAAAUCUGAGGAGGUGGAUGAGGAGAAGAGGCUGGCAGAGGAGGCCAAGGUUGCAACGGCGGUAGAGAAGUGGAAGACGGCAAUCCGAGAGGCCCAGACCUUUUCCCGCAUGCAUGUGUUGCUAGGAAUGUUGGACGCUUGCAUAAAGUGGGACAUGUCUGCAGAGAACGCCCGCUGCAAAGUCUGCCGUAGGAAAGGUGACGACGAGAAACUUAUCCUCUGUGAUGAGUGUAACAAGGCCUUCCACCUGUUCUGCCUGCGACCAGCGCUGUACCGCAUACCUGCCGGCGAGUGGCUGUGCCCGGCCUGCCAGCCCACUGUGGCCAGACGCGGCUCCCGUUCAAGGAACUAUAACCAAGACUCAGACGAAGAGGACUCUGAGGAAGAGUCUGAAGAAGAGGACUCUGAGGAAGAUGAAGAUGAUGAGGAAGACAAUGACUAUAAAGCCAUGGGGCACAGCUUGAGACCAAGGAAGAAAAAUAAGCAGUCUUCAUCUCGGCAGAAAAGUUCAAAAAGUAAAUCCAAGAAACAGUCGUCCUCAAGCAGCAAGCAGAGGACCGGCCCCAACAGCCCCGCAGACAUUGACGAACUGGUGCGUCAGAGUUCCCAAUCAGGAGUUCGCAGGCAGGCGCUGGAGCUGGAGAGGUGUGAAGAAAUCCUGAAGAAACUGAUGAAAUUCCGCUACAGCUGGCCUUUCAGGGAGCCUGUGUCCACAGAGGAGGCUGAGGACUACCUGGACAUCAUCUCGCAGCCCAUGGAUUUCCAGACUAUUCUCGGAAAGUGCAGCCAGGGCUCGUAUCGGCACGCGCACGACUUCCUGGAAGACAUGAAACUGGUCUUCUCCAACGCAGAGGAGUACAAUCAGCAGGGCAGCACCGUGCUCUCCUGUAUGGUCAAGACGGAGCAGACCUUCACCGAACUGCUCCAGAAGCUGCUGCCUGGCCUCAGCUACCUCCGCCGACGCUCACGGAAACGCAUCAGCCAAGCUCCUGCAACAUCCGAGGAAGAGGAGGAAGAUGAUGAUGAAGAAGAAGAGGAGGAGGAGGAGGAGGAGGAGGAAGAACCGAAGAAGAAAAUGCAGAACGGCAAAUCAAACAGGAAGAAAAGCGGAAAUGGUCGGGUACAGAGGGAUGAGGAGAGCGAGAGUGAGGAAGAGGAGGAGGAUGACGGCAAUGAGGAGGAGGAGGAGGAUGAUGAUGAUGAUGAUGAUGGCAGGAGGAGAAGUAAGAGGGCCUCUGCCACCUCAGGCAAGAAGGAUUACAGGGAGCAGGAUAGUGACGGCGAGCGGGACACACGGAGAACUCGGCAGCGGGGGGGCCGGGGUGAUGCCGGCAGGGGGAGCAGUGACGACGAGCGCUCCAGCCAUCAGCGACAUUCCAAGAGACUGAAACGCUCAUGAAGACCAGGGUGCUUUUUUGUUUUGUCGUCUCUUUGCUUUAAAAAUUUCUGUCCCGCUCCUCUAAAAAUGAUCAAGAGCCCUCCAUCUCCUCCUCCCUCAGCGGGACUUAAUCCUCAGAAGGACAUUUUUUUUUUUGUGUUUUAUUGAAUUUAUGUUCAUAUUUUGAAAAAUUACAAAAGAAAACUGAUUUAUAUUUGUAACAUGUUUAAUAUUGGUGUUUUUUUUGUUUUGUUUUUUUUCAACCAAGAAAAAUGAGACAUUUGAGAUAAUGGAGAGGUCCUUAUAGCUCUUAAGACUCUUUGAUUUGAAUUUCAGUUUCAAGUUGAUAACCUCACAUGCACACACGUGUUUAAUUUGACUAAAAAUGUCCAUAAUGUCAUAUGAAGUGCUUUGUUUUUACAUUUACUCUCCCCAAACACCAGUGCAGUGUAAUCGGAGGUCUGUCACAGCCAUCACUGAAAACAUUUGUCAUCAACAUCUUAUGUUACAUCUCGUGUUUUCACUGACUUAAACUUCUUGUUAAAGAGAUGGUGUCGAUGUAGCUGAAACCCUUUGUGCAGACUAAGAAUUCUGUCUUAAAAAAAAAAAAAAAAAAGAAAAGAGAGGAAAAAAAAGCAAAGUUGAUGGCUGACAUGUAUUUUUCCUCACCUGAAAAACGGCUCUUAGUACGAAGCAUUUUGCCACCAGGAAUAUUUUUGGUCAAAUGCAAGUUUAUAGAUAAAUACGAUAGGAUUUUACUAGUUAUAGUUUUUCUUUCCAGCCUACGCUCAGAUUUUAUUAUCAAAAGCUGGGUCGAGACACAACUAGACAUGAGUUUGACGCUCAGCUGUUGGUGCCAAGAUGUUUUGAAAAACAGCGACCCGGCUAUUGGUGUAGAGCUGAGCAGCCUUCCUCCUCUGUAGUGCCCUGCCACUUUAAAAGAACCGGUACCUCAACCCUCCAUCAGUUUGCACUCUUUUUGUGUAAAGUGCAACUAUUAUGCCAGCAGCUGCAGGACCACACUUUAUUGAAAUUAUGUGCAUAAACAUUUGUAAAGUGUUUAAAAACAACAAAUGUAAUGUUUGUUAUGAAAAUGGGCAUUUUGAAUAUUUGAUAUUUUUUGCACAUUUUAUUUGGUAUUGUAAAUGAGACUUGUUAGUUGAUCUUAAUCACAUCCAAUAAAUUGCAAGGUUCAACUGGGGCUCUCCUAGUGCAGAGAACAUGUCAGAUAUUUCUUUUCACACAUUUGUCACAGCAGAAAUAGUUGUAUUAGUCGUAUGUACAUUUUGUAGCAAACACCUAACGCCCCUGUUCAUUUCAAUGGAUUUUGUGACAUUACAGUAAGUGAAACCAGCUCCUCAGAGACACAAGGUGGCGCUCUACUCCUGCACUUUGAAAAAUGUUCCCUAGCAGCUCCCAGGUGAUUCAGUGACACUGUUUGUAACACCUGACUGUCGCUGCUUUGUGUGGAAGCUGUAUAGAUGUGGUAAUUUUAUGAGUAAACACAAAGCUGCUUUACUUUAAAGUCACGCAGGGCAGGAAAACUACUGCAGCAACUCUUUGAAUGAGACACAACACCCACUAAAUAACCUCUCUAAACACUUUUGAACGUGCAGAAGUUUCUAUGUAGUUUCUCUGUGAGGUUGCCAGCAGUGUAUAUAUACUGGUGUGUAUAUAUAUAUAUAUAACGGCAGUGGUUGGUUUGGCCUCUUCUGUCUGUACUGUGCUGUGCUGUUCUCCUGUUGUGUUUUUCUAGUGCUGUUUAUCAUUGAGAUGUUUUUUGAUUUUACUUUGCCGCCAAUCCCCCCCUCCCCCCAGUUUUUUUUUUCUGUUUUAAUUCGGCUUUGUUCCUGACAUGAUCACAGUUGUUACAAUCACUCUUAUAAUUGCUUGACAUUUCAACCAACAAGCAAAAAAGUGACUGCCCUUCUCAAGAGGAGACCUGACUGUAAAUGCUUUCUUUAUUCUUGGAGGAACUGCAAAAGUCUUUUACACUUCCUUUUUUUAUAUAUAUAUUUAUAGUCUCUAAAGGUGGGUUGGGGCAGGUUUUCAGAGGAUUCACAUGUAAAGAAUUUCCAAUAAAGGCUAUGGACGAAGACCGUAGUUCUCCCUGCUUUAUUUUGUGUUGACCUUAACGAGUGUCCCCAGGUGAGACAGACAUCACUGCCAUAUGUAAACCUUGUGAUAGGCGACUGGGGAGGAAAAUGGGCUAGCCGUGACCACUGACUGAUGUCUUCUUUACUUUUUAAUAAAAUAUCA